ACAACACCAGGGUGGCGAGUCAGUACACGGAUCAAGUGGAGGAGCAACACGCCUACAUCAAGGAGACGGUGGACACUGUGUUUCCCUCCAACAUCCGAGUCCUGCAGGGCGUCCUCGACAAGGUCAGGCUGAAGAUCCAGAAACUGGAAAAAUCCAUCCUGUCCCAGAGGGAUUUGUGUAGAGAGCCCUGCAAGACCACGUGUCCCAUACCUGUGGUGUCCGGCAAAGAGUGUGAGGACAUCUACCGUCGUGGAGGAAGAGACUCUCAGAUGUACAUGAUCCAGCCCGACGCCUUCUUCCCACCGUACAAGGUCUUCUGUGAUCAGUCGACACAGAACGGAGGAUGGCUCCUCAUCCAGAACAGGCUCGACGGCAGCGUCAACUUCGGCCGGCGCUGGGACGAAUAUCGACGUGGAUUCGGCAACAUCGCCUUCGACGUUGGAAAAGGUCACUGUGAGACUCCAGGUGAAUAUUGGCUGGGUAACGACCACAUCAGUCAGGUGACUAACAUGGGCCCCACGGAGGUUCUCAUUGAGAUGCAGGACUGGACAGGAGACAAGGUCCACGCCCAGUACAGCCAGUUCACCAUCCAAUCAGAGACGUCCAAUUACGUGAUGGCGGUUAAUGGUUACUCUGGAAACGCUGGCAACUGUUUCCUGGAAGGGUCCUUGCAGCUGUUUGGUGAAAACCGCACCAUGACCAUACACAACGGGAUGAUGUUCAGCACCUACGACAGAGACAACGACAACUGGCUUCCCGGGGAUCCGUCCAAACAGUGCUCGAAGGAGGACGGAGGCGGCUGGUGGUACAACCGCUGCCACUCGGCCAAUCCCAACGGCCGAUACUACAUAGGUGGAGCCUACACGAAGCAAAUGGCCAAGCACGGCACAGAUGAUGGCGUGGUGUGGAUGAACUGGAAGGGGAGCUGGUAUUCCCUUAAGGCCAUUAGCAUGAAGAUCAGGCCGUUCUACCCCGCCAGCUAAACGUGUCGCAGGACGUCAUCACAUGUGACUCACACAAACGACCAGAACAGGAAGUGCUUGUAGCUUCUAUGGUAACGGACGCGUUUAAACACAACUUGGUCUGGACAGAGUGAACGAAGAAAAGAAAACGUUACAUUGAGCUAAAAACAAACAAACACAAACUGACCUAAACGUGAAGAUACGGAGAAAACACCGACUGAUGUUGUUCAUGUGUGUAUCUGUCAUUUCCUGUGUGAUGUCAUUAGUGAGGACGACUGUCCAACGCUACUCAAUAAAAACUGAUUGAGCGACAAA